CCCCACCUAGCCAAGCAAGUAGUCCUAGUAAUAAGGACUAGCUCUAGCAAGUCGCUUAUCUUUAUAGUAGAUGUAUUAGUUACUAAUGCUCGGACUAUAAUCUUAGUUCUCCCUAUAGUUAUUCUUCAAGGUGACAUGCUAAGACGCUAUCACCUAAUAGUUAAUACUAAGCAGUUAGCCUUACUUAUUAUUAUAUUAGUAGAGGCUACAUAUAUCAAGACCUUUCUUAACUAUGCCUAUAGUCUAGUCAGCCGGCAAAGGCUAGACUAG